AUGAUGACUUCCAACGAGGACGCAUUAAAAGCGUUUCAAAGUUUUACCCUGUUGUUGAAAUGUCUCGGCCUGUAUCCUCCAGUGACCUGUAGAAACAAGAGAGCCUUGCUUCGUUAUAAACUUGUGAAUAUGUUAACCAUCACAAUGUCAGUAGCAUUCUACGGUUUUUUGCUACUGUUCCAUUCUCUCGAUAUGGAGACAAUCAAGCUCGGGUCGGGCUCACUAAUAAUGUCCCGAAUGCAUGAUUUUUAUUUUGUAUCACGUUAUCUGAUGGUUGUGGUCGUGUUGUUGCACUUCUACUUUAACCAGGGUACUGUCGACAAGCUCUUCGAUAAACUCAACAAUGUGUCUCAUACCAUCGUAGAACUAACACGAAGCCCACACAACUCAAUCGGUUAUAUUGGGACGAGAAGAUUUGCUAAACAUUUGCGUUGGAUCUCAAUGACAUAUCCGUUUAUGUUCGUGACGAUAACAUACCUCGUGGAGCAAUUGAUGCCCAACUAUGGCGUGCGUGUCCACGCGUUCAAUAUAGUGCGUCUGUUGUACUUUUACUCGUACGUUCACCUGUGGAUGCAAUCGAUUUUAACAUUGCUUCUUGUGUUUUCAAGAUUUGCUGCAAUCAAUCGUAUUUUUAGGAUGUACUUCCCCACAAGUCCUUCGACCGUGGGCAGCCGGGGAGAGUUCGCAAUCUGCAGUGAGAAGGAACAGAUUAAUGUGCUGAAGCAAAUCAAAAUCCUGCACGACAAACUGAACGAUGUCGUGGAGCUCGUUAAUUACUGCUUCUCGGUGCAGAUCACAUUUUGUGUCGGGUUGUGCUUCGUCAUCGGAGUUGUCUGCUCGUUUGGUUUGUUUCGUGCGUUCAUCUAUCGCAACGAGCUGUUCUACAUGGGUGUGCUGAACUUCAUCUGGUACAUGUACUAUCUCUUUUUCGUCCUGUUCUUCAUCGCCGUCGGCAGUAAGAUAUCGCGCGAGGGUAAACGAAUUGGGGUGUUUGUACAUAAAGCCAUCAACUGUUCGUCAUCUGCAGCGGUUAUCAGUGAAUUAAACUUGUUUUCCCAACAGUUGCUCCAUCGCUGCCCGGUAAUAACGUGUGGACUCUUUGUCUACGAUUGGACCCUAUGCUACACGAUGAUUGGUGCUACGGCGACAUACCUCAUCAUCCUGAUUCAGUUCGAUGUCUCGUUCCCGAACUUGGUCAAUCUGAACGCUACUGCCGUGUAUCGUUCCAGUACAUAG